AUGAAUUAUAAAGGACAAAGAAUAACUAAGGAUUUAUUUUCAGAUAAAAGUGAGAAACAACAAAAAAACAAAAUAAAUGGCAAGGUUAAUGCCAAAACUAAUAAACAACAGAAGAAGAAUACAUUAGAUAAGAAAAAUCCUAACACCAAAGAAGAAGGCUUUCUAUGGGGCACUUUGGGACUUACUAAUGGACUAUGUACGCUAUCGUACCUACAAGCCGAGAAACUUGUCUGGCUGCUAGAUACCGGCGUGCUGAAACUGACUCCAGAUCUAGCUGAACGAAUUCGGAUAGCACAUAAGCUCUUCUGGUCUCUUUCUGCAUUCAUUGGAUUAAUCAGGUCUCUUCGCGCAUUGCACUUGACAAGAAAGAUGCUCAGAUCACCUAAAAGACCAAAAUGCGCACACGUACGUGUCACUCAAGCCACUCUCACCAGUACCAAGUUACUGUUGGACGUGGUGCAUGUGGUGAGCUGGUUGCCGCGCGGCUGGCUGUGGGGCGGAGCGCUCACAACCACGCAGGCUUCAGCUGUCGCCACGGCGUCCGCCGUAUUUGGUCUGGUUGUACAUUAUCAUGGAAAGAGAUUGUUGCCGCGGUAG